AUGAGAAACUAUGGUAUUUAUGGAAAAAGGUGUAUUUUCACAUUUAAUUUUGAAUCAAUUACUUAUAAGAAUGAUUCUUACAGCUAUGAAGAAGAAUAAGAGAAAUAGAAAAAACAAUAAAUUUAAAAUAAGUUAACCUCUCCAACAAAUAGAAACCAAUAAAUUGAAAAAAGCACUCCAAAAUCUUAAGCAAAUAAACAGGAGAAUUCCUAUACUAAGAAAGUAGAAUAUGGUUUUGUUGGAAAUAGAAUUAUAAAUUUAAUGAGAGAUGAAGAUGAUGCGCCUUAUGACAUAAAAGCCAGCCAAAUAAAUCAAUCAAAAAUAAGUAACAACUAAACACGUUCAUCUGAUUUGAAAAGAUAGAAAAAUUAUUAAACAUAAAAAAAAUAAAAUUCUUAAUGA